AUGAGUUCAAACCGCUUGUAUCAUUGUGGCUUCAUUCUCAUUGGAUUAUUAUUUCUGCUUCUCGCUGUUCAGCUGAGCAAUGCUGUGUUGUUCUUUCCACGUGGCGGUUCUAUUGGAUUAUUAUCCGCAGUUGCAAUUCCUCUGGAUCUGACGUAUCGCAAUGUAUAUGUGGCUUUUAAUUUUGAGUCAAACUAUGGUUUGCCCUCGAAUGAAUCUUAUAAUCAGUGGAUUGACAGGUGGGAUCUGGACGAGGGAUUCCUGGGCAUUGGCAGCGAUGUGACACCCAUUGACGGACGCAAUGCUGGCGACCACAAUGAUAACCCAGAGAAACGCUCAAUUUCAAAACCUCCCCGCUUCACACGUCACGACUUCUAUCGAGCGAUUGUUAACUAUUUGGGUCAGUAUGGUUACAAUGGUAGCGCCUGUUUACUGCGGACAAUCUGCGAAGUCAGCGCUGCUCCACUGGAUGCCCACAACGGCGUAUUGGGUACCAUAUUCAAAAUUCUAUUCAUACCAACAACAAGCUCCGCCGAAUUACGAUUACAACAUGUGGAUAGUCUCUAUGUGGCCUCCGAGCUUGGCACGCGCGACUUGGACUGUGCUGAUUGCGUGGCUGGAUGUCCACACAGCAUGCUGGACAUGAUAAGCGUUUUGCUCUGAAUCUAAUGUGUGCCCUUACCCAGAGAUUAUAUUCCGCCAAAUUCUAAUGUUCCUCCUCACAGAUGCAAAAAUAUGAAAUAC